CUCAACAAACAACCAAAUUGUUACAAUCUUCUCGUUCAGCAUAUCGAGUUUUCAGUCGAGGUAAAAAAAGAUAAGAUUAGUGUAACUUACUCUUCUUGAAACUGUGUGGGUCUGCAACGAAACUGAAAACAACAACAACUCACUAACAGGUAAAUUUAUUUAAAUUUGUAGUUAUACAGUCAUGAAACGCCCCAAAAUGCACGUGCCAAUAGAGUAAUUUUGAGGUCGUUUGUCUGUGCGACCAGGGGGGUAAAACGAAAUCGUGACUAUUCGUACUAGAUAGCUGUGAGUACGGUCAUACCGUACUUGUUGACUUCAAAGACUGUGGAAGCUGGAAUAUCAAUCUCCUUUUCACGUAGUUGGAAAAUGAAGCAUUGGAUGUGGAUUUACGUAGUUUCUUAUUUGUGGUUAGGAGGCUGGCAUGUCGAGCACGUGGCUUCGAACAGUAGGCCACGUGAAAGAAGGUUACAGUCGCAUUAUUCCAGUCACACCACCGACUCGACGAGUGAUCGCCCAACUACGACGCAGGGGCACUCAGAAGACCAUUUGUUAAACGAACCAGAGUCCGAACUCCCAAGACACGUGCAACUAGAGCCAGCGUCUUCAUACCAGCAGUUUUAUCGUGACGUCUACGGCACAGAAGAAGGGGUGAAUCGUCUGAAAAAAAAAUAUGGACCCACUGGACUCCAGCGAGCCAAAAUUGACCACGGUAUUCGCCAACAUAUAGAAGAUAUUCGCCGAGCCAAUGAACAUUUCCUCCAGAUCAGACAGACGGCAAUGUGCCACACACCACGCCCUCUGGUGGUACAUAUCGAGGACUACUAUCCGGAUCCCAGUAAGAAAUACCUUCCGAGGUGUACAAUUUUACACAGGUGUACAGAAGACAGCGGGUGUUGUGAUAAUGAAAGAAUGAAAUGUGGUCCCAGAUCUGUCCAAGAGAUUGCUCUUUAUUUCUAUACUCUUCGUAUUGGGAAACAAGGCACAUACGUUGGUUCAAGUGACGCCGUGGACAAACUCCUUUUUGUAAAUCAUACCGAAUGUGAAUGUCAACCUAUCAACAACCAGCCACGAAUACAAGAGGAAUCGGAUCCGAAUUUGGAUCAGGAUCUAGAAACUAGCACUGAUCCGGAACAACAUCCAGUAUUGGAUAACCCCUUACGUCAUCCGCCUAGCCAGGAAGACUCAAAAUGUCGUGAGUGUCCACUGCCAUUUUAUAGAAGAGAAUACCCGGAUGGACGAUGUAGCUGUGAUUGCUUCGAUCAUCAGAAACCAUGUCUACGAAUAAAGAGAGGGCGAUCUGUAAUGUCGGAGGUUGAAAGAAGGUGCGUCCAAACUGGUCAGUGUCACGUUCCCGAUUGUGUGUAUGGUCAUUUUAACUCUUCAACAGGAGAAUGCCCCAAACGACCCUGGAACCAUAAGAGAAGAAACGAUGGCCGUAAAGACGAUAAUAAAAAACGUCAUCCCUACCACAGAUGGUCUUUCUACGAACGAGACUAACUGUAGAAAAUACGAAAAAACACUUACCUAGUCGUUAUAUUAUACACAUCUGGAGAUCCUCGUUUGAAGCAUUGGCCGCUAGAGGAAUUCCUCCAUUGUAGGGCCAGACUAUCGAUUUCCGCCCAAAGGGGGGCACAUUUCGGCUCAUUGAAAAAAAUGAAAAUAUUAUAGUUAUAAAAAGGAAAGGAAGAUUUACAACUUUAAAGUUGUUUUGUUGUUUUUUUUAACUAAAAAGAAAAAAAUCACCACUUUAGAACGUCAUUUGGGCGUGUAAUCAUGAUAUGAUUAUUAAUCGUUUUUGUUUUGUUUUUCACUUGCUUGGUUGCAAGUAACGUCUUCUGUAACGUAAAGCAGUCUCUCCGUAUCCUAAUCUAUUAACAGUUCAUUAUUUUGCGUUUAUACAAAAUCUUAUUUGUUCAAUUUAUGUAUCAGUGCUUAGGAAUUUGUUAGUAUUCUAAAAUAAAUGUGACAAAGCUUUUAUGCUGCAUUGCUUUGUUUUGGUCGAAUUGACAACAUCUUUAGGAAUAUAGGGUUGUUUACAGUGAACUAGAAACGAAACUGGUAAUGUGUGAACGGCCACUCUCGUCAAUGAUGGAAGUUUAAAAUGCUUGGAAAACAGUUAGCAAGAUUUGACUAUGUGUUUGGAUUUGUUUAUAUUAAUUGAGUUUUAAGAUAUUUUUGUGUGCAUUUCUGUCAGGUUCAGUAAAUGCUCUUUAUAUUCAAGA